AUGACAGGAGAGUGGAGGAUUGGUGAAUUGGAUCACUUUAAGGAACUUUUAAAUGGCUUAAGCUCUGGCAGAAAAUUAAAGAAGAAAACCGUUUGGAAAAAGAAAUCUAAAGUAGUGACGUUAUUGUGGAAAACUUAUGAGCAAUUGUUUAUGAUUGAUGCUAAGUUCUAUGCAGAUAAAAAAACACGAAGACAGGAAAACUAUAUGAAGUUUGCUAAGACGGACAAAAACAUGAAUAUAACAUGCAACACAGCAUAUGUGGGAUUGCCAAGUUUAAAAGAAGAACAUGUAAUACUUCUAAUUAUCUUGAAUAUUACUAUUAUGACUGCCAAUAUUUUGACAAAUCUAUUUGUUAUUUAUAGCCUUGUUAGGACAAAUCAAAUUAGAAACCACUCGAUAAAACUUAUUUUGUAUCUCAGUAUAUCAGAUUUACUACUAGCGAUUAUUGUUCAGCCUUUUACGACAUUAGUGCUGUUUCAGACCAUCCAUACAAGAAAUUGUAAUGUUGAGAGCAUCGCGGAGAGUUUUUCGGCAUUUUUCUCGCACACUUCUGCGUAUAUUACAGCCACCAUUGGAUUGGAUCGAUACGUGAGAGUUCGCUUUUUAAACAAUUUUUCGAAGGUUUUAACAAAAAGACGAAUGCAUCUCAUCUUGGCGAAUAUAUUCGUUAUGUCACUUGUUCAAAGCGGUUUAUAUGUUUACGGUACGCAAUUGAAAAAGCGUGUUUUGAGUAGAUAUAUUUCAGUUACUAUUGAUUUUUUCAUCGUGUUAGCAAUUAUUGCUUUGUACCUAUUAAGCAUAAAAAGGAUGCGUCAAUACAGACGGAAUUCUAACUUUAAAAAAACAAUCAAGAAAAUUGACCAACGUAUGACAAGAUUGUCUUCAAAGAUUUUAUUAAGCAUUGGUUUGAUCUAUUCUGUUUACAUCAUUGUCGCUAUACCACACGCUAUGCUAAAUAAUCAAGUCUAUGGAGUUUGGAAACAAUGGCUGGAAUUUGCUCUAAUCUUGGCUUACGUAUUAACAUUUUGGAAUGCUUUUAUAAACGCAGUCUUGUUUUUGAAUGCUAACAAAAAGUCAAGGAAGAGAAGUAGUCUUCGUAGCGAGGAAAGACGUUCUACAUUGAACAUGAAAUUAGGACAGACAAAAGAACCUAAGUGUUGCCGUCUGGAGGACACUUCUCUUUUAUCGAAAGAACAAACAUCCAUCUGA